AUGGAAAACCCUCAGUUUGUCCGCUUCGCCAAAAAGUCGGCCUCGAGGAAGAGGGCCACCAAGGCUUGCCUCAAGUGCCGCAGGAGAAAGGUCCGCUGCGAUGUCACCCGCACUUCGGCUCCUUGCACCAACUGUCGGUUGGAUGGGGAUGAGUGCGUUGUUGCUCGUCGAGGGGUUUCGAUACAGAUACGAUAUAAUGAACCAUCGCCAUUCACUCCAAACGCUGCCGCCGACGAUGUUGAUCCGAGCCAUCCGACUACGAGACCAGACUUGACCACGCUGUCACCGCCUUCAGAAGCCGAUCUCGGCAGCACACCACCGUUCACGAAUGAUACAUGCAAUAAUGACAAAAAUAUCCAGAUAUUUGGCAUUACUUGCGAGGAUGCUAAAGCGAAUACAAAGAAUAAUAAUAUCCAACUGGAUCCCGUGCGAUCCGAGCUGAAAGCCCUAUACUCGUCCAUGCCUUUCCUCAAGGCCCUCAGCAUACGCGACCGCGACUUCAACCAUCUGAAUUCUCAGGGAUGCCUACGCGUCCCCGCCAAGCCCAUCCUCGACGAGUUUGUUCGACACUACUUCCUCUACGUUCAUCCACUGCUCCCUCUGCUCAACGAGGCGGACUUUUGGCGGGCGUACAAUCCCGCCCAAACAGAGACCUACUCAAGCUCUGGCGGAUCCCCCGUUUCUUUGCUGCUACUGCAAGCCAUCAUGUUUGCCUCGUGCACACUUGUACCGAAAGAGAGCCUCAAAGUCUUGGGCUUCUCUAGCAUCCACGAGGCUAAGGAAUCUUUCUACACCAAAGCAAAGCUGCUCUACGACUUUGCUACCGACCCAGAUCCCAUCUCGAUAGCACAGGCUGCGUUACUGCUGACCUACUGGUGUCCGACCUUCCGCCCAGGACCGCGAAAGCCAAAUAGCAGAUGGCUCAGGAUUGCUGUGCAGAAUGCCAGAGCCGUUGGGGCUCACAACUACGCAACCAUCGCUCAAGACGCUCACGCGACUCCGCAGGAUCUCAAGAGGCAAAAUGUUCUGAAGCGUGUGUGGUGGUGCUGCAUCAUCCGUGAUCGGAUAAUGCCGCUCUGCGUCCGCAGAAACAUUCAGAUCACACGAGAACUCUUCGACUUUGACUCCAAUCCCCCUCUCGGAUAUGAAGACCUUGUUGAUGAACUUGAAUCGUCGAGGGUGUACAACACUACCACCAAGCACACCCUCAUGGUUACCUUAGAGCGUUUGACUGAGCUAUGCGUCUGUUUGACCGACGUCUUGACCUUAGUAUAUCCUACUGAACACUUGCCGAUUCUUGAUGCUGAGGCGCAUUCUACGGCGUUCGACAAGGUUCAGGAGUACCGACGCUGUCUACAAUAUUGGGCUGAGAUCACGCGGCCACCUUUGAAGCACACGGAGUUGUCUCCAGAAACGGAUUCCUUUGAAGACUCUUCCGUUUUGUUCACGAAUUUGGUCUGGAUAUACUACCAUGCGGCUCGAGUGGCUCUCUUCAACUAUGAACUACAUCUCGGCGUCAUCCUGGGACUGGUCACACGAAAGGUGACUUCAUAUUUACAGACUCAGUUCCUUGAAGAAAACCGAAAGGGCCUGAGGAGCGCUACCAGAAGCAUCGCCGACUGCCAUGGUCAACUACACCCACUUCGUCUAACGCGUUGGCUACCGAGUAGCGCUGUCGCGUGCACAGCACUCCCUCUCGCCAUGCACAUGGUCGAUAUUAAGAUGUCGUCGGACUCGUCUCAGGGCGAAAUCUGGUCGCGUCCAGGCAUCGCUGCGAAACAGUUGCGGCUGAACGUGCUCAUCCAAGCAUUCAGAGAACUUCACCCCAAAUAUGAUGGCGUAGACUCGAUAUCCAAGACGAUUCGAUAUUUCAUGGAAUGCACCUAUCUCCAAGACUCGACACCAACACCCUCUUUUGGCGAGAACACUGACGUUCUGGCGAGAAGUCCUACCUACUACCUGAGGCUGGCCUUGACGAUUGACCUCUGCCUGAGCCAAGAUCGUCUACCCCAAGACAGUGACUUUCCAACACCGUUGAGGCCCUUCUUGCACAACGCCAGUUUGUCUAAGCCUGUAUUGCUCGAACAACAAUUUGCUACUCAGUCCCUCGCCACCAAAGCCCUGACGCCUCCUCGACCUCUUUCACCCACCGUUGUCAGAAGCUUCUCCCAAUGGGUCGAGGAUGAUCGGUGUGUUCAUUUCGCUCUUGAGAUGGGUAUUGACAUCAGUCAACCCCCCUUUGCGCCGGAAGCCAUGCAAGAGAACACGGCAACUGUUGAACCACUACCAUGUCCCACGGAGACAUGUUCCACUGAGAGUUUGGAGAGUGACUCGGCGAGGGCGGAUGAUGAGACAGAAUACUUGCCUCCGAACCUCGACAACUUGACUAGUUGGGCCGAGAAUGACCAAUCACUUUAUUUCGCUCAGGAAGCUGGUCUCAUUCCUCAAGGCGUUGGAUUAUACGAUGGGAGCCAGGGAGACGAGGUAUAUCCAGGCCUCGAAGCACUCGCACAGCACACUUUGGAUCUCGAUAUGGGGUUUCUAUGGAAAGGCGUUGAGAAUGGCGAACAACCGGAGGAUGCUUUACGUAUGUUGAUGUAA